AUGGCUGAAUCUUUUUUUUCUGACUUUGGUUUGCUGUGGUACCUGGAGGAGCUCAAAAAGGAAGAGUUCUGGAAAUUUAAGGAGCUGCUCAAGCAAGAAUCUCUGAAAUUCAAACUCAAGCCAAUCCCGUGGACCGAGCUAAAGAAGGCUUCACGAGAAAAUCUGUCACAGCUGUUGAGCAAGCAUUACCCAGGAAAACUGGCAUGGGAUGUGACCCUGAGUCUCUUUCUACUGAUCAACCGGGGAGAUCUCUGGACGAAGGCUCGGGACGAGAUCAGACAUAAGCUAAACCCAUAUAGAAACCACAUGAAGAAAAAAUUCCGAGACAUAUGGGAAAAGGAGACCUGCCUUGAAGUUCCUGAGGAUUUCUACAAAGAAACCACAAAGGAUGAAUAUGAACAACUGAAUGCUGUCUACCUUACUGCAGACAAGCCUGGAAAUCCCUCACCCACUGUGAUCUUGCAAGGUCCUGAAGGAGUUGGAAAAACAACGCUUUUGAGAAAAGUGAUGCUGGAAUGGGCGGAGGGAAACCUGUGGAGGGACAGGUUCUCAUUUGUCUUCUUCCUCAAAGGCAGUGAAAUGAACAGUAUUACAGACACGAGCCUAGUGGAGCUCAUCUCCAGGGACUGGCCUGAGUCUUCAGAGCCCAUCGAAGACAUUUUUUCCCAGCCAGAGAGAAUCCUGUUCAUCCUGGAUGGCUUGGAGGAACUGAAAUUUGACCUGACGCUUGACGCUGACCUGUGCGGCGACUGGGAGAAGCAACGGCCAACGCAGAUUGUCCUGAGCAGUUUGCUGCACAAACAGAUGCUCCCAGAAUCCUCUCUGCUUAUCGCCCUAGGAAAGAUGGGUAUGAAAAAAAAUUAUUUCUUGUUGUGUCAGACAAAAUGCAUAUGUCUCCCAGGAUUCUCUGAACGCCAAAGGAAGCUGUAUUUCUCCCAUUACUUCCGUGAGAAGAAUAAAUCCUCCAGAGCCUUCAGUUUUGUGAGAGAGAAGAGACCGCUGUUUGUCUUGUGCAAAAGCCCGUUUGUUUGCUGGUUGGUUUGCACUUGCUUGAAGUGGCAGCUGGAGAAAGGCGAAGACCUGGAGGUUGCCUCCGAAAGCAUCACUUGUUUGUAUGUGUCCUUCUUGACAAAUGUAUUCAAAGCAGCAAGUGGGAACUGUCCACCUAAGCAGAACAGAACCCGACUACAAAGCCUGUGUACCUUGGCUGCAGAGGGAAUGUGGACUCGCACGUUUCUGUUUUGCCCUGGGGAUCUCAGGAGGAAUGGGGUGUCUGAAUCCGACACCUCGAUGUGGGUGGACGUGAGACUUCUUCAGAGGAGCGGCAACUGCUUGACCUUCAUCCACACGUGUGUCCAAGAAUUUUGUGCCGCCCUGUUCUAUCUGUUCAAACGACCCAAGGACCGGCCUCACCCAGUCAUUGGAAAGGUGACCCAGUUUGUCACAGCAGCCAUGAGCGAAGCCUGCUCCCAUUUGUCCUGGAUGGGGCUGUUCCUGUUUGCAUUUUCAACUGAAAAAAUAACAAACAUGCUGGAGACAUCUUUUGGUUUUCCACUGUCCACAGACAUAAAGCAGGAAGUAACUCAAAGCCUUGAAACUUUAAGUCAGUGUGACCCCGGUAAGAUGGUGGUGAGUUUCCAGGAAUUGUUCAAUUGUUUGUUUGAGACCCAGGACCAAGAAUUUGUAAUCCAAGUGAUGAAUUUCUUCAAAGAAAUUGACAUUUACAUUGGUACCAUUGAAGAACUGACAGUAUCUGCGUUCUGUCUGAAACAUUGCCAGAGUUUGCAGAAAUUUCACCUGUGUAUAGAAAAUGUCUUUUCAGAUGAAUCUGGAUCCAUCUCCAAUACCAUCGAGAAGCUCUCCCUCUGGCGGGAUCUCUGCUCCGCAUUUACUGCCAGCGAGAACUUCCAGAUGUUAGAUUUGGACAACUGUCAGUUCGACGAGGCCUCCCUGGCGAUUCUCUGCAGGACGCUGGCUCAGCCUGUCUGUAAACUCCAGAAGUUCGUGUAUAACUUUGCUUCGAACCUUGCAAAUAGCCUAUACUUCUUUAAGGCCAUUCUUCAUAACCCUCAUUUGAAAUACCUGAACCUCUAUGGCACUGGCCUCUCCUAUAUGGACGUCAGGCAGCUGUGUGAGACGCUGAAACACCCAGUGUGUAACAUAGAAGCACUGCUGUUGGGAAAAUGUGACAUCACGGACGAAGGCUGUGAAGACAUCGCCUCUGUUCUCGUCCAUAACAAGAAGCUGAAGCUUCUCUCCUUGGUAGAUAAUCCCCUGAAGGACGAAGGAGUGAGGGUGUUGUGUGACGCCCUGAAGGAUCCAGCCUGUGCCCUGGAGGCACUGCUAUUGACGUACUGUUGCCUCACCUCUGUAGCCUGCGACUACAUCUCCCAAGUCCUUCUGUGCAACAAAUCCCUGUCUUUUCUCGAUCUGGGGUUGAAUUUCCUGGAAGAUGAUGGAGUGAUAACGCUAUGUGAAUCACUGAAACACCCGAACUGCAACCUAGAGGAGUUGUGGUUGGUGGGCUGUUGCUUCACUUCUGUUUGCUGUGUGGACCUCGCUGCUGUUCUUAUUCACAGUGAGAAACUAAAAACCCUGAAACUAGGGAACAAUAAGAUAUAUGAUGCUGGUGUCAAACAGUUAUGUGAAGCUUUGAAGCAUCCUAAGUGUAAAUUAGAGACUCUUGGGUUGGAGAUGUGUGAACUCACCUCUGCCUGUUGUGAGGACCUGGCCUUGGCUUUCACUCUCUGCAAAUCACUGAGGUGCAUGAACUUGGAAUGGAUUAGCAUGGACCGUGAUGGGGCGGUGGUGCUGUGUGAAGCCUUGAUCAGGCUGGAAUGUGGCCUGCAGACGCUUGGCCUGAAUAAAUCUUCCUAUGAUGAGGAAAUUCAGAUGCUGCUGACAGAGGUAGAAGAGACGAACCCCCAGCUGACCAUUUCACACAGUCUCUGGACUGAUUACGAGCACAGGAUCAGGGGUUUGCCUCCAGCUUGUCCUGUUCCAUGGAAACUGAGCUGCCCACGCCGGUCCCCGACUCCUGUGGGUGAAGAGCGGCUCGGAGGGGUGGCGGCGGCGGCGCUGGGACGUGCGUUCCCGUCAGAGUACAAGGGCCCCUUCUGCGGCUUCCUUCGACGCUGGCUGUGGUGGUGCCCCGUGUGUGACCGUGUGGGGCAGGGGACAGGAGUUCAGCUGGCGCCAGCAGGAGACGGGAGAGAGGACGGGGCGAAGCUAGAAACGCCGGAGGUGCCCGACCGUGAAUGUUCUCCCUCACGCUCCUGUCGGUGGAUAUUUCCUGAGAGCCGGCGUCAACUGCAACCCGCAGGCCUUGUGAAUAUUAAGUGGCCGUCAGCACAGGUUUUACAGUUGUUGUUGCGGAGAAUGGCCACAAGGCGGCAGCAUUUCCUCAUGCCCGACUUUGGUUACUGUGGCAACAAGAGCCUUAGGGAGAGUCCUGCUCCUGGCUUGUCAGUUGACGUGGAAUCCGCCAGAAGAAGCACCCAAGGCUUGUGUCUCCUGACUUCUUACCCCUUAGCCUUAACCCCGCCCCCGGAUGUCUCCCAAGUGCUGCAACACCUCUCUGCUGAGGGAGAGGCUAGUGAAGCGCUUAGGUCUGCAGCACCCAAGCCCAACCGCAUCUUGUAUACCAGAUUCUCACUCACCAUUCAGCUCCAUCUGUACCCGAAGGCACAGUUCUGCCUGGUCCAUCUUGGCGAAGAUGUCACCAUGUACAGCAUGACUCCGUCUUUGAAAGGGAAGGCGGAGGAGGAAGAGGACGGGAAGAAAGAAGGCGAGACAGGGGCUGCCGAUUUCAGGAAACAUCAGUGGGAGGACAUUUGCUCUGUGUUUUGCAAUGGGAACAUGAGAGAGCUGGACCUGAGUAACAGCAAGCGUAAUACUUCAUCUAUGAAGGAACUCUGUUAUAAGCUGAGAAGUCCAAGGUGCAAACUCCAAAAGCUGACGUGCAAGUCGGUGUCUCCUGUGAAGAUUCUGAAGGAGCUUGUCAUCGUGCUUCAUGGUAACCACAAGCUGACCCACCUGGAUCUGAGCUCUAACAACCUAGGAAUUACUGUGUCCAAGAUGAUUUUUAGAACUUUGAGGCACUCAGCCUGCAACCUCAAGUAUCUGUGGUUGGAAUCGUGUGGCCUCACCCCUAGGGUUUGUCAUCAGCUCUUUGUGGAACUCAGCAGGAACUCAAGUCUGAAAUUCCUCAGCCUGGGGGACAAUGAUCUCUCUCACGUUGAGCUGAAAAGACUGCAGGGGCCCGUUGGGAUGUCCAAGUGCUCCCUGAAGCAGCUGUCCCUGGAGAAAUGCAGCCUGUUGGCGGCCCACUGUCAGGACCUGGCCUUGCUUCUCAUCAGCACCCAGGGAAUGACUCGACUGUGCCUGGGAAUUAAUCAGCUCCAGGAUGAUGAUGUGAGGCUGCUGUGUGCUUCCCUGCCUCACCCCGAGUGUGUCUGAGAGAGACUGGUGUAA